AUGGAAGCAGCUCUGAAGACAAUUUGGGACAUUCACACUAAUAAGGAGCUGUUAUGGAUCAAAUGGGUACAUGGCACAUAUCUUAAAAACUUAAAUAUAUGGCAAGUGGAAGUAAAAACUAGAGACUCAUGGAUGUGGAAGCAGCUCUUAAAAGCCAGGAAAAAAGCAGUAGCUCUCUGUGGAAGUUUGGAGAAUCUUCAAAGCUUAAUUAGGUCUUGCUGCAGGAACUCAAAGAUAAAAUUAUCAGCAUUAUACCUUGCUCUAUCCCCAACCGAAAACAGAGUGCCAUGGAGUACUACUAUCUGGGGAGGUUUCAAUUAUCCAAAACACUCUUUUAUCUCUUGGUUAGCUGUCCAAGAUAGGCUUCUAACGCAAGACAAAUUGAUUAGGAGAGGGAUAAUUCAAACUAAUCAGUGCAUCUUAUGCUCAGGAGCUGAAGUUGAAUGUAGGAAUCACAUAUUCUUUGACUGCAAAUUCUCACAGGAUGUCUGGAACAAAAUAAUGGACUGGCUCUGUUUCAAGUGGAGGUGCUGUGAUUGGAACCAGUUAUUAAACUGGUAUAGUUUCAGUUUGCUGGGGAAAAGCUUCAAACACAGUGUCAAAAGAAUGGCUUUUACUUCAUCAAUUUAUAACAUAUGGAUGGAGCGUAAUGUGAGAAUUUUCAAUCAAAAAUGCAAGACUGUUGAGCAGCUAGUUAAACUGAUUAAGGUGGACUUGAUGACGACAAUUAUAAACAGCAAAAUAGAUGCCGAAAGCAAAAACUGGGUGUUAUCACUAUGA